GGAUGAGAUUAGAAAAAAUUGAAAGGUUUAAGCAGCGUUCAGGGAGAGGUAUUUAGAAGAAGAACACUUCAAUUUUCCGUGCUUCGAGAAUUGUUCUUGCAAUAAAGCAUACCUAAGAAUUUUUUAGACAGUAGGAAGUCGAAGUCUUUAUUUCUCGGUUCUUCUUUCCCCUACCUCAUCGUCAACAGGAUGAAGUUGUUGCAAUUUCGUACGCUGUGGGGUGUGAUCGACGAGUGCGACGGGGAAAGUGCGCGCUCUCCUGCGAAAGCCCUUGAAGAAACCGUUCUUCUGUUGAAACGACUCGGUUUUGACGGGAUUGAGCUGCCCUACAAACUCUUUUUGCAUCUCGGAGUCGAGCGCGUCGCCAAGCUGUUGAAAGAGCAGCAAAUGAAGAUCAAUCUGAUGAUUAUGACCGACAACGUCCUCUGUCCCGGAACGGGGAUUUUGUGGGGAGGACCACAUGCGAGGCCACUGGGUGGCGACGUGGUGUAUUCGACGCCUGCGCAACCCGGAGAUUCAGUAAAACUGAGUGGGGAAGAGCUCGUUAGCAAGCAUGUUGCUGUCUUCCGCGAACAAGUGGAGGAUAUAUCGAAAUUGGCUAUGCAUCCAGAAAUAGCGCUGCCUGUGCAUAUCGUAAACUCCCACUCGGGCCGUGACUUUUUUUCGCAGCAAAUGGCGGAGACUUUUUUCUCAGAAGCUUUAGCGAUCGAGCGACACUGUGGGUACAAUCAACCCCUGGCUGGCGAGGAAGAAAAAGUAUACCCUCGUUUACAUUAAGGCUCGCAUUGCCCAACUCCAUCCACUUCCACAUGGGUCCCUGUAGCGGACUUAGCCUUCAAAGGAUUGAUAUUUUACAGCUAGUGGAGGUAGUUGUAGUAAGUAGUUCUAGUUCCCUACUACUUGUCUAAGUACCGCUGUGUCACGAGACCCACCGAUCGCGCAUUCUGUACUCUCCUUGGUUGACACGCGAUCUGAUGAAGCGGGUUCCUGGGAUUAGGUUGUGCGCGGACUUUUCGCAUUGGGUCUGCACAGCCGAAUCUAUGGAUGCGGACCUGUGUGCGGCCAUUCAUGAAGUGUGUCCUUUUGUGAUACAUACGCACUGUCGCGUUGGCCACGAACAAGGGUCACAGGUGCCGGAUCCGAGAACGGAAGAGUACUGAAAUUCUUCGAGGAAAAUCGAGAAUGAGACUCACAUUAUAAUACUUUCUUCUCAAGAAAAAAGGUAGUAUGCAGCUCCGUACUGAUUACUCAUUCUGAAACAAAACCAAGAACACCUUGUUACGUCAUUUUCUACAUCAAGAGUCAGAAACUCACGACAGGUGGUCCGGUCACGUUUCCUCGCAUGAGGUCUGGUGGGAUGCUAUCUGGCAGGUGCAAAAGGCGCGGGGCGAUGCUACUAGUUGCCUUAUAGCCGAGCAUGGGCCUCCACCUUAUCAACCCUGCCAACCAGGCCCGACUCGAGAACCACUGGCGAAAAUAUGGGAAGUCAAUCAUUGGGUCCACGCCCGUCGUCAAAAACGAUUUCGAGAGCUCUUUCCUGCCGAUGACUGCAGCUCAUUAGUCGAGGAGGAAUUGUUGCGCGUUGGUUGGUCUCCGCAAAAAGACGUUAAAACCGACACCAAGACCGUGAGCGAGAUGGCGAAGGCAGCGUAGAAGCUGCUACGCACUAUGCACUGCUGCUGCGCGUUGAAGGAUGAAGAAAUAUCAGCAUGUAAAACGUGGAAUUGUACAUGAAUUAGCACACGAGUAUGUACCUGUUGAGUGGUUGAAGAGUUCGGGAAGAUGAAAUCCAUUUUCUUCGUGCAAUUCGAUGAAGCCAAGGAAGUGGCUAACAUUCGAAUCAGCAACUAUUUGAGAUUUUUUGAUGCCGACCAUCCUCUGCAUGUAGGUACUUAGAAGAAUCGAGAUGGACGGCGAUAAGUGGCAAUUACAUAUUGACUGCUCUUAUUUAACAACACUGCGACUGCCAGAAGACGCCAUAGGACGGGGGGGUUUAUUUGAAAGACCACGCGCAUGAG